AGGAUGCUGUUUGGAGGAAAAUCAGAGCCGGGACUUGGCUGGGACGAGCUUGGUUUAUUUAAAUGUUCAGGAAAAAUGGCUCCCAGAAUGAAGGAGAGGAAGCACUGAGCACUUUUGGAGUAAAGCAUCGUGUGUAACAUAUGGAUAUACUCGGAGUGCCCCACGUAUCUGAAACAUUGGGGGUUAUCAUCGACGUUGCAGCCGAAGGAUUUGGACGGACUGGGCUGCCUUUGCCCUGACAAAGCCGCUAAAGAUGAACAUGGUGAAGAGGAUCAUGGGGCGGCCGAGGCAGGAGGAGUGCAGUCCCCAGGACAACGCGCUGGGCCUGAUGCACCUGCGACGCCUCUUCUCUGAACUGUGCCACCCUCCUCGCCACAUGACCCAGAAGGAGCAGGAAGAGAAGCUCUACAUGAUGCUUCCUGUAUUUAACAGGGUGUUUGGGAAUGCUCCACCCAGCAGCAUGACGGAGAAGUUUUCUGACCUGCUGCAGUUCACUACCCAGGUCUCACGGCUCAUGGUGACCGAGAUCAGACGAAGAGCCUCUAAUAAAUCCACAGAGGCAGCCAGUCGAGCCAUAGUCCAGUUCCUGGAGGUGAACCAGAGUGAGGAGGCGAGUCGUGGCUGGAUGCUUCUGACCACCAUCAACCUAUUGGCCUCCUCCGGACAGCCGCCACCCACCCAGGAGAAGACCCCAGUUCAAGGCCACACGCAGCAGGAGCUGCCCCUGGCUGACCGCAGGGCACUGCUCCAGAAAGUCUUCGUCCAGAUCUUGGUGAAGCUCUGCACCUUCGUUUCUCCGGCAGAGGAGCUGGCCCAAAAAGACGACCUGCAGCUGCUGUUCAGUGCCAUCACCUCCUGGUGCCCCCCCCACAACCUACCGUGGAGGAGGAGCGCAGGAGAGGUGCUCACCACCAUCUCCCGACAUGGCCUCAGCGUCAACGUGGUCAAAUACAUACAUGAGAAAGAAUGCCUGGGCACAUGUGUGCAGAACAUGCAGCAGUCCGAUGAUCUGUCACCACUGGAGAUUGUGGAGAUGUUCGCUGGCCUCUCCUGCUUUCUCAAGGACUCCAGUGACGUGUCACAGACCCUGCUGGAUGAUUUCAGAAUGUGCCAGGGUUACGCCUUCCUCUGCGACCUCAUGCUCAGACUGGAACAGGCCAAGGAGGAUGAAUCGAAAGAUGCACUGAAGGACCUGGUCAACCUGGUCACCUGUCUUACUACAUAUGGGGUGACUGAGCUUAAACCCGCUGGUCUGACAACCGGAGCCCCCUUCCUGCUCCCUGGCUUUGUUCUCCCGCAGCCUUCUGGGAAAGGCCACACAGUGCGUAAUAUCCAGGCUUUUUCGGUGCUCCAGAACGCCUUUCUGAGGGCUAAAACCAGCCGCCUGGCCUGCAUGCUACUGGACGCCAUCGGAAACAUCUACGCAGCAGAGCCGACCAACUACUUCAUCCUGGAGUCGCAGCACACUUUGUCGCAAUUCGCAGAUCGCGUGGCCAAGCUCCCCGAAGCCCAGGCCAAAUACUUUGAGCUGCUGGAGUUCGUUGUCUUCAGCCUCAACUACGUGCCGUGCAAAGAGCUAUUCAGUGUCAGCGUGCUGCUCAAGUCGAGCACAUCACACGCCUGCAGCAUCACGGCCGUCCGGACGCUGCUGAAGCUGUCCAGGCACGACCCAGUGUUCAGUGACGUGCUGCGGGAGGUCGGCCUGCUGGAGGUGCUGGUCAACCUGCUGCACAAGUAUGCUGCCUUACUCAAAGACCCGGCUACGCAGCAGCAACCACACAAUAAUGAUCAAGCCGACUGUAAAAAUAACACAGUAGCAGAGGAGCAGAAGCAGUUGGCCUGGCUGGUGAUGGAGACACUCACUGUGCUCCUGCAGGGCUCCAACACCACCAACACUAAUGCAGCUCUGUUCAGGGAAUUUGGCGGCGCUCGUUGCGUUCACAACAUCGUGAAGUACCGCCAGUGUCGGGAACACGCCCUACUCAUCAUUCAGCAGCUCGUCCUGUCGCCCAGUGGAGAUGACGACAUGGGAACACUGUUAGGCCUCAUGCACUCUGCACCGUCCAGUGAACUACAGCUGAAGACUGACAUACUGCGGGUAACCAAUGUUCUUCCCACCAGGCUGCUGGGUUGUUUCUCAGAAACUAAGAAGCUUGGUCCCACAGGCGUGUUCCCAUCCAAUGCUCAGCCUUUCCAGAGGCUGCUGGAGGAUGAGGCUGCCCCUGGAGGCUGCGCAGGAGACAGUGUCUGUCCCACACUCAAACACUGCAGCAAGCUCUUCAUCUACCUUUACAAGAUGGCCACCGACUCCUUUGACAGUCGUGCGGAGCAGGUGCCUCCCUGCCUGACUCAUGAGACCUCGCUGCCCUCGCCGUGGGGCACGCCAGCACUCGCCAGGAAGAGACAUGGCUACUACGGCACGUCAGGCCCUCCCGCCCCGGUCAAAGCCCUGACAGACCUGAAACUCCACUUAGCCAACCCUUCCCACCCCACUUCCUCCUCGUCUUCAUCCGACAUGGUGGUCAUCCACCCGGGGGCCGUCCUGGCCAUGCUGGACCUGCUGCCAUCCAUCACCUCUGACAGCCAGCCAGAGCAUGCCCUGGACCUGCAGCUGGCAGUGGCCAACAUCCUCCAGCUCCUGGUGAACAGUGAGAGGAACCAGCAGGUGCUGUGUGAAGCUUGCCUCCACCAGCGGUUGUUGCAGCGCUGCAGUCAGGCCCUGGGCGAUGAAGACCAUCCGCUGCACCCCCCACUGCAGAGGAUGUUUGAGAGGCUGGCUUCGCAGGCCCUGCAGCCGAUGGCACUCAGGGAGUUCUUACGCCUUGGAAACCCUCUGAACUGUGGUGCCUGGGACAAGAAGCUACUGAAGCAGUACCGGGUUCAUAAACCGAGUUCUCUCAGCUACGACGCCGAGAUGAGAAACAGUAUGACCAUGUCCAUGGAGGGCUUCGGUCCUGACAGCGUCUUUGCCACACCAGCGGAGGACAAUGGCCAGUAUCGUAUCAGCCGCAGCCUUGUGCGUUCCGCCGAGGGCAGCACCGUGCCCCUCACCCGAGUCAAGUGCCUGGUGUCCAUGACAACGCCCCACGACAUACGCCUGCACGGAUCGGCCGUCACGCCUGCAUUUGUGGAGUUUGACACCUCGCUGGAGGGCUUCGGGUGCCUGUUUCUGCCCAGCCUGGCGCCCCACAACGCCCCCACCAACAACACCAACGCCUCAGGUGUCAGCGACGGAGCAGUGCUGAGCGGGAUGGGUACAGGGGAGCGCUUGUUCCCUCCUCCGUCAGGCCUGAGCUACUCCACCUGGUUCUGCGUGGAGCGUUUCAGUACAGCUCCUCAGGCCCACCCGGUGCGACUGCUGACCAUCGUCCGCCGGGCCACGUCCUCGGAGCAGCACUAUGUCUGCCUGGCCGUUGUUCUGUCCACCAAAGAUCGCUCGCUCACUGUCUCCACCAAGGAAGAACUGCUGCAGACCUACUCGGACGAGUCGAGUGAAGAAGCCUCCUUCUAUGAGAUCCUGCCCUGCUGUGCUCGUUUCCGCUGCGGCGAGCUGAUCGCUGAGGGCCAGUGGCACCACCUGGUGCUGGUCAUGAGCAAAGGCAUGUUGAAGAACAGUAUGGCUACGCUGUACAUCGAUGGCCAGCUUAUAAACACUGUCAAGCUCCACUACAUCCACAGUGCACCAGGCGGCUCGGGCUCCACCAACCCUCCUGUGAUGAGCACCGUGUACGGGUACGUGGGGACGCCGCCUGCCCAACGCCAGCUCUCCAGCCUGGUGUGGCGUCUGGGGCCUAGCCACUUCCUGGAGGAAGUCAUGCCUGCCACCAGCGUUGCCGCCAUCUAUGAACUGGGACCCAUCUAUGUGGGCAGCUUCCAGGCCGUCUACCUGCCCUGUAAAGACUCAAAGACCGAGGUAGCACCUACCUCUCCAGUGGCUUUGGUACCAGAGGAGAAGGUGUCCUUCAGUCUCUAUGCCCUUUCUGUCUCUACACUCACCGUUGCCAAGAUCAGGAAAGUCUACAAUAAACUGGACAGCAAAGCCAUCGCCAAACAGCUCACUGUGUCCUCUCAUGAAAAUGCCACUCCGGUCAAGCUGAUUCAUAACGCUGCCGGCCACCUCAACGGGCCAGCGCGUACCAUUGGAGCCGGAGUCAUUGGAUACUUAGGAGUCCGUGCCUUCGUCGCCAAACCUGUGGCCACCAACCUGCAGUAUGUGGGUGGGGCGGCAGCCAUCUUGGGCCUGGUUGCCAUGGCGUCAGAUGUGGAGGGGCUGUAUGCAGCUGUCAAAGCUUUGGUCUGUGUUGUAAAAAGCAACCCGUUGGCCAGUAAGGAGAUGGAGCGCAUCAAAGGCUACCAGCUGUUAGCUAUGCUGCUGAAGAAGAAGCGCUCGUUGCUCAACAGCCACAUCCUCCACCUCACCUUCUCUCUGGUGGGAACAGUUGACAGUGGCCAUGAGACCUCCAUCAUUCCCAACUCGACCGCCUUCCAGGACCUGCUCUGUGACUUUGAGGUCUGGCUCCACGCUCCCUACGAGCUCCAUCUGUCUCUGUUUGAGCAUUUCAUCGAACUGCUGACAGAAUCCAGUGAGGCGGCUAAAAAUGCCAAACUGCUGAGAGAGUUUCAGCUGAUCCCCAGACUGCUGCUGACCCUGAGAGACACCUCACUGUCCCAGCCGACUGUAGCUGCCAUCAGCAACGUGCUCAGUCUGCUGCUGCAAGGCUUCCCCAACCCAUAUGAUCUGCUGCGGUUUGGCCAGUUCAUCUCCUCCACUCUGCCCACGUUUGCAGUGUGUGAGAAGUUUGUCAUCAUGGAAAUCAAUAACGAGGAGAAGAUUGAUGGAGGUAAUGAUGAUGAUUUCGGCGGUCUACUGUCAGCCAACCUCAUUCUGUUGAGAAACCGACUGCUGGACAACCUGCUCAGACUGCUCUUCACCACCAAAGAGAAGUGUUCUGUCAAUGCCCAGGCCUGUGAGGAGAUGGUGCGGACGCUGGGCUUUGAUUGGCUCUUGAUGUUCAUGGAGGAACACCUUCACUCGAGCACGGUCACUGCAGCUCUGUGGAUCCUGGUAGUGCUGCUCUCCAACCAGUCCAUCCUCAACCGCUUUAAAGAGGGCUUGUGUGGAGGCGGCUGGCUGGACCACACUGAUUCUGUCCUGACCAAUAAGAUCGGCACAGUGCUGGGCUUCAAUGUGGGCCGCAGUGCUGGUGGGCGCUCCACGCUGCGAGAGAUCAACCGGGAUGCUUGCCACUUCCCAGGAUUCCCUGUUCUGCAGACACUGCUGCCCAAACACACCAACGUCCCUGAGCUCUACUUCCUGCUCAUGGCGCUGUUCCUGCAGCAGCCUGUCACAGAGCUGCCAGACAGCCUGCAGGUACAUUUUGAUCUGGACUCUAUCUGGACGUUCAUCUUUGGCAUGCCAGCCUCCAGUGCGACAGUAGUGAGCUCCAUCCACAAUGUGUGCACCGAGGCUGCCUUCCUGCUGCUGGCCAUGCUGCGCAGCAUGCUCAACCUGCCGUGGCAGUCAGAGGAGGAAGGUUCCUGGCUGAGGGAGUACCCGGUCACUCUCAUGCAGUUCUUUAGGUAUCUUUACCACAACGUGCCCGACCUGUCACCAAUGUGGCACAGUCCUGAUUUCCUCUGUGCUCUGGCAGCGACUGUCUUCCCUUUCAACAUCAGGCCCUACUCUGAGAUGGUCAGUGAUUUGGACGACGAGGCCGGUUCUCCCACCGAGGAGUUCAAGGCCUUUGCCGGGGACUCGGGUAUGAAUCGCAGCCAGUCUGAAUACUGUAACGUGGGCUCCAAGACUUCUCUGACCAACCACCCAGCCAAAAAGUAUGUCUUUGACUUCAUGAGGGUCCUGAUCAUGGACAACCUCUGCAUGACCCCGGCCAGCAAGCAGACACCCAUCAUUGACCUGCUGUUGGAGGCGUCCCCUGAGCGCUCCACUAGAACUCAGCAGAAGGAGUUUCAGUCCAACAUCCUGGAUGGCGUCAUGGAGCACCUUCUGGCUGCUGAUGUCCUUCUAGGUGAAGAUGCCUCUCUGCCCCUCAGCAGUGGUGGCAGUUAUCAGAUUUUGGUCAACAAUGUGUUCUACUUCACCCAACGUGUGGUGGACAAGCUAUGGCAGGGCAUGUUCAACAAGGACUCCAAGCUGGUGGUGGACUUUAUUGUACAGCUCAUAGGACAGUCCAAGAGGCGUUCCCAGGGUCUUUCCCUCGACACCAUCUACCACUGUCUGAAUCGGACGGUGCUCUACCAGCUCUGUCGACCCCACAAGACGGUAGCUCAGCAGGUGGCCCUGUUGGACGCCCUGCGGGUCCUGACCGUCAACCGCAACCUGGUGCUCGGGCCGGGAAACCACGAUCAGGACUUUGUGGCCUGUCUGGCUCACUGCUUUAUCUGCCUGCACAGUGGGAGUAGCGUGGAGGGCUUCGGUUUGGAGGCGGAGGCCAGGAUGACAACCUGGCAUGUCAUGAUGCCCACAGAGAAUGAGGCUGACGCUACGCACAACCACGACGUCAGCGAGGGUCGGCAGCUGCUGCUAAAGGCAGUGAACCGGGUGUGGACGGAGCUGAUGCACAGCAAGCGUCAGAUGCUGGAGGACAUAUUCAAAGUGUCCCUGCCCUGCAACGACAGAGGCCACGUGGACAUAGCCACAGCGCGGCCCGCCCUGGAAGAGCCGGCCCUGAAGAGCUGGCAGAACCACCUGGUUCACGAAAAGAAGUAUAUCAGCCGUGGUGAGGCAGUGGCACCAGCGACCCAGUCCAAACUGUCCAGAGUGAGCAGCGGCUUCGGCCUCUCCAAGCUAACAGGCGUCCGGCGCAACAAGAAGGAGAACAGCCUGAACAAGAACAGCCUGUCCGCACAGGAGACUUUCCAGUGGAUGUUCACACACAUCGCUGUUGUUCGAGACCUGGUGGCCAUGCAGUACAAAGAAUAUCAAGAGCGGCAGCAGAACGCCCUCAAGUACGUGACCGAGGAGUGGGCGUCAAUCGAGUACGAACUGCUGCGUGAACGGGGCCUCUGGGGCCCACCCAUCGGUUCACACCUGGACAAGUUUGUGCUGGAGAUGACAGAGGGGCCCUGCCGGAUGAGGAAGAAGAUGGUUCGCAAUGACAUGUUCUAUAUCCACUACCCAUACAUCCCUGAGUUAGAGCCUAACGCCAACUCUGGACAGCCCUCUUCACCUCCUCUGGUGCCCCUGGUAACCUCAGUGGCCUCAGUGGCUGGGGUUCUUGACCGUGCCCAGAAGCCUCUCCGUUACCGGCGAGCCAUCAGCUACGACAGUAAGGAGUACUACGUGCGUUUGCUGUCUGGAAACCCUGGCAUGUAUCAGCACUCUGUGGAACACAACACAGAGGGAGAGACCACACAGCAUGAACCCGAGCACGGAGAGGACACCAUCGCUAGAGUCAAAGGCCUGGUGAAGGCUCCUCUGAAGAGGUCUCGGUCCACAGCGGAUGGGGCAGAUGAGGACAGUCAGGAGCAGCUUCAGGAGCAGCUGUUAGAGUCAGGAGGACCUGAAGAAGAGCAACGGACCGACAACACGUCCCUGCUGCGCCUCCUGGAGGAGGGAGAGAAGAUUCAGCACAUGUACCGCUGUGCCAGGGUGCAGGGUCUGGACACCAGCGAGGGCCUGCUACUCUUUGGGAAAGAGCACUUCUAUGUCAUCGAUGGCUACACCAUGACUGUGUCCAGGGAGAUCAGGGACAUCGACACUCUGCCCCCUAACUUGCAUGAAGCCAUCAUCCCCAGAGGAGCGAGACAAGGACAGAGCCAACUGAAGAGAACCUGCAGCAUCUUCGCCUAUGAAGACAUCAAGGAGGUGCACAAGAGACGCUACCUGCUGCAGCCCAUGGCAGUGGAAGUCUUCUCAGCAGAUGGAAGAAACUACUUGUUAGCCUUCCAGAAAGGAGUCCGCAACAAAGUUUAUCAAAGGUUCUUGGCCGUGGUGCCUUCACUGGCUGACAGCUCUGAGUCGGUUUCAGGCCAGAGGCCCAACACAAGUGUGGAACAGGGAUCUGGGCUCCUUAGCACACUGGUUGGUGAAAAGUCAGUGACUCAGAGAUGGGAGCGAGGAGAGAUCAGUAAUUUCCAGUACCUGAUGCAUCUGAACACGUUGGCAGGACGAUCCUACAACGACCUAAUGCAGUAUCCUGUCUUCCCCUGGAUCCUGGCCGACUUCGACUCAGAGGAACUGGACCUGAACAACCCCAAGACAUUCCGUAACCUCGCCAAGCCAAUGGGCGCCCAGACUGACGACAGACUGACGCAGUACAAGAAGAGGUACAAGGACUGGGAAGACCCCAACGGUGAAACCCCAGCAUACCACUAUGGCACCCACUACUCAUCAGCCAUGAUUGUAGCCUCUUAUCUAGUCCGGAUGGAGCCCUUCACACAGAUUUUCCUCAGACUUCAGGGAGGUCAUUUUGACCUGGCUGACAGGAUGUUCCACAGUGUGCGUGAAGCUUGGCUCUCUGCCUCCAAACACAACAUGGCCGACGUCAAGGAGCUCAUCCCCGAAUUCUUCUAUCUACCAGAGUUCCUGCUCAACGCCAACAACUUCGACCUGGGUGCCAAGCAGAAUGGCACCAAACUGGGUGACGUCAUCCUGCCACCUUGGGCCAAGGGUGACCCCCGGGAGUUCAUUAGAGUCCACAGAGAGGCGUUGGAGUGUGACUACGUAUCGGCCCACCUCCACGAAUGGAUCGACCUGAUUUUUGGCUACAAGCAGCAGGGUCCGCCGGCAGUGGAGGCAGUCAACGUCUUCCACCACCUGUUCUACGAGGGUCAGGUGGACAUCUACAACAUCAACGAUCCGCUCAAGGAGACGGCCACAAUCGGCUUCAUCAACAACUUUGGACAAAUCCCCAAACAGCUGUUUAAGAAGCCCCAUCCUCCUAAACGGGUACGCAGUAAAGCCAACGGUGACGUAGCGAGCAUUCCUCCAAGCUCCAACAGUGACAAGAUCUUCUUUCAUCAUCUGGACAAUCUCAGACCCUCUCUAGCACCUGUCAAAGAGCUAAAGGAGCCCGUGGGACAGAUCGUGUGCACCGACAAGGGAAUACUUGCUGUGGAGCAAAACAAAGUUCUGGUUCCCCCUACCUGGAGCAAGACCUUCGCCUGGGGCUACGCCGACCUCAGCUGCCGUCUGGCUAAUUAUGAAUCUGACAAGGCGUUGGUGGUGUACGAGUGUCUGUCAGAGUGGGGUCAGAUCCUCUGUGCCAUAUGUCCAAACCCAAAGCUGGUUAUCACCGGUGGCACCAGCACAGCCAUAUGUGUGUGGGAGACAGGAACCUCUAAGGACAGGGCCAAGUCACUUACGAUGAAACAGGCAUUACUGGGCCACACAGACGCUGUAACGUGUCUGACGGCGUCAUCAGCAUACCACAUUGUUGUCAGCGGCUCACGGGAUCGAACCUGCAUCAUAUGGGACCUCAACAAGCUUUCCUUCGUCACGCAGCUCAGGGGACACCGGGCGCCCGUCUCUGCUCUGUGCAUCAAUGAACUGACGGGGGAUAUCGUGUCCUGUGCAGGCACAUACAUUCACGUGUGGAGCAUCAAUGGCAGCCCCAUCGCCAGCGCCAACACCUUCACAGGGCGCAGCCAGCAGAUCCUGUGCUGCUGCGUGUCGGAGAUGAACGAGUGGGACACACAGAACGUCAUUGUCACGGGACACUCGGACGGUGUUGUCAGGUUUUGGAGAAUGGAGUUCCUCCAAGUGCCAGAAACCCCUGCUCCACAGCCAGUAGAGCCAGAUGUGCCUGAGUGCUGUGGGGAUGAGAAGAUCGAGGGUGGCGUGGCUCACAACGGCGAUGACGACAGCAGCGAGUCAGAUGGAGAUGAGCCCAGUCUGAGCCAGGAGCCCAAAGUACCACGCAACCCUUCAACAGGUGGAGGCAGCCAACCAGGCAGCACUGUCCACAGACCCAGAGGUCCUUCAGCCCGAACGGGAGCCUCAUGGUCGAUGGACAGCAGCUCUGACGACUCUCACCGUUGGUCAGACACUCUAAGCAUUGAUGAGAAGGACGGCUUUGUGUUCGUCAACUACUCUGAGGGCCAAACUAAAGUCCCUCACCCUCAUCUGGCUCAUCCGGCUCAUCCGGCUCAUCCAGGCCAGAGCUCAGUGCCACAGCCUCUCCAGCCCUCCGCAUUGGAUGCACGGACAUAUAACCAGCUCAGGACAGGCUACAGAUGGGAGCGCCAGCUGGUCUUCCGGAGCAAACUCACCAUGCACACAGCGUUUGAUCGUAAGGACAACGCUCACCCAGCUGAGAUCACAUCCCUCGCCAUCUCUAAAGACCACAGUAAGAUCUUGGUGGGUGACGGUCGUGGUCGAGUCUUCAGCUGGUCAGUCAGCGACCAGCCAGGACGUUCAGCAGCCGACCAUUGGGUGAAGGACGAGGUGGUUGACAGCUGCUCCGGCUGCACAGUUCGCUUCUCCCUCACCGAGCGACGCCACCACUGCAGGAACUGCGGGCAGCUCUUCUGCCAAAAGUGCAGUCGCUUCCAAUCAGAGAUCAAAAGGCUGAAGAUCUCGUCACCUGUGCGGGUUUGUCAGAACUGUUACUAUAAUCUUCAACAUGAGCGAAGUGUCGAGGACGGCAGCAGAAACUGAGCCUCACCUGCCAACAAAAGAAACCCCUCCUCCUGAGGACUCCGACCUGAGGAGCACUUCAUUCCUCCAUCUGCCUUGUUGUUCCCUCAACACCUCCAACAUAUCCCUUGAAAGCCCAUUUAUCCUCUCGUACGUCCAGUAACCACAUGUACUGUAACACACACUGACAUAACUGUAACAAGAGGGAAUGUCAGCUGUUUCAUCACCAUGGCGGUAAAGCUUAGCAAAGGAGGGGGGGAAACGAGGAUAAAAGAUCAAAAGGAAAAGAAAAAAAAAAAACAAUCACCACUUUAACCACCUGCACUCGACACCGAGAGGGGAAAAAAAUGCAGAAACACCCUUGAUGCGGCACGCUUGAAUCAAUGACCCGCCAUCGCAAGACGUAAAAAACUUGUUCAUAUUGUAAAUACUUACCAUGGCCUUUUUAACUCUAAGAGGAACAAACACAGAACAAAAAAUAAGGUCAAUGAGAAAAAACAAAAAAACAAAUGCCUGUAACAUAGCGUUGUGACUAACCACUCCUGGCUUUAGAAAAAAACAAAAUCGAUUGUGUGUAGUCUGCGUCACGAUUCACAGCGAGUCCAGAGGAAAAACACGGAGGGGAGGAAGGGAUAUGAAUGUCAAUAAUUAAUGUCUGUGGGUUGACUUUACUAGUGGGUCUAGUUAUGCAAAUUAUGUAUUUUCUUUUUAAUUUUCCUGAUCAUUUUUUGUUUUUGUUGUUUACAAAAAUGUGAUUUCUUUUGUAAGUGUUGCCCACAGUGUCAAGCCAUCACCAUCAGAGAGAGAUUUAUUAUCAUUGUCUUUUCCUCUCUUUUUUUUGCCAAAUUGUUCUGAUCAAUUAUGAUGAUUUUUUUAAAAACCUAUCAUCUAUUCUGUCCUUUAUAUAAAUUCCCAUUUGGGGUUUUUUGUUGUUGUUGCUGCUGUCUGAUGACUGGAGACAUUAUCAUUUCAUAUUUUUAUUUUCCUUUGAAACCAUAUCACCACUUAUUUUGAGUUUUUAUGUGUUUUAUCUAGAGAGAAAACAUGUUCAUCAUCUGUGAAAAAAUACAAAUUCGGUAAAAAGAAAUAACGCACAUGUAAUAUUGCUACACACUUAUCUCCCGUCACGUCUUUUUUUAAUGCAGAUUUAUUUAGUUACUGUACAGCGUCAAAGCGGCUCUUUGAAUGCACACAAAAAAGGGAUUCUCAUUAUGUAUCGUUGUUAUUUUCUUGUUGGUUUCUAUUCAGAUUUGUUGUUUGCAGACCUUCAGUCUGACCCUGUGGCAUUAUUACAGCAGUUCAGUAAAUAUUGCACUCCACACACUUUAUCCUCAGUCCUUACAGAAGAUGUUAAACUGCAGGAGCAGCAGCACCUUUUUUUAAAGAGCCUGUUCAGUAUAGAAAGAAAUUGUUAGACAUUGGAGAAGAUGUAAAUAAUCAUGAAAUUCUCUUAAAUGGGGCAGCAUCCCAGCUCAGAUUUUAAAGAUAUCUCUGGGUUGUUGUUUUUUUUUUUUGUCUAAAGAGUCAAAUUUAGACAGUUGGACAGACCUGCUGUUUGACGCUUUUUCCCGUUCAUUUCGGUACAAAUGCAGGGAAAAUAUCCAUAGAUUCUGAGUGAGCACUGUAGCAUGAGAUCCACAUCAUAGUUUCAUAUUUCAUAAUGGUGUACCCUGUUUUCCCCUUUUUACAUGUGUAAUAUCCUAAUCAAACCAAUCUAGUUGGUUUUGAUGCCCUGGAACCGACUGAAUACAUCCAAUACUAAAAUCAUUUCAACUCAGCGUGGAUUUUUUAUUUGUUUAGUUAUCCUACUUUGUUGGCUGAAGAUGUAUUUAGUUAAUAGAAAGUUUUGGUAAGAUGAAAUUCAAAUUCAGGUCACAAAUAGGUCAGAUAUAUCAAGGAAUUAGCUGUGGGUAAAUCUAUGAGGUUUAGUUUGUGCCAGAAAUAUGAUUUUGUACAUUUGUCAAUGUUUCCCUCUGGUUGGCUUCUGUUUUUCUGGUCAUUCUCCCUCAUGUUGUAGGGAUAUUGUUGUUUUGUAGUAUCUGAUGCUACCACAAGGAGUCACCGAAGUAAUGUAAACUGAGCAGUAAAUGCAGGAAGACCUAAAAACAGUACACAGCAAAGAUUUUUUGGCACAGAUUGAACCCCAUACAAGGCUGUCGUGUUAAUAUUAGAGAGGUUUUAUAUGUUUUUCCGUUGUUUAACGUAUCUUACACAACAGUUUGUCAUGGACAUGGUUAAUUAUUUCUCAACUCAACACUCAUUUAUGUUACUUGGAGGAUGGCUGCAGCUGCUGGAUUUCAUAGUUGGCCAGGAAGAGAGUGUUUUUGUUUUUAUGUACAUGUUGUUUUCUUUCAUAUGUCACCCCCACUCAUCUCUCUUCAUUCAUAUGAUCAUGUUUUGUUUGUGGUUCUGUGGGCAACAACUGUGCAUUCAAGUGCUGCUUUCUUUCUUUCCCAGAGAGAACCUUUUUCUUUUGGUUUCACACUAGUUUUCACAGAGUCUCAAACAUGUAAAAACAAACAAAAACAAAGAAAAAACUUUAAUAUUCACCCCCACAGCUCCCUGAUGUUAUAAUAAUAAUAAUAUGCACUCUUGUUAUUGUCCUUCUUAUAUCAUUCUGCAUUUAUGUACUGUAAUUUAGCGUGCAAUCAUGCCACCUAGCUGAAAAGGCCGAGCCGGCUUCUAUCAAUCAAGAGUUCCUUUGCACCUUCACGUGUACAAAAAGAGAAAAGCGGAAUCCCAGGUUUUUAUUGAAUGCAGUUUUACGUUGUCGUUUUAACAGAGAGGUGCAUUUCACAGCGGAUAAAUGAACUGUACAAAGUAUUUAUGCAAUUAUAACUGGUUUUAGAUUUUUUUAAUGAUUAUUGCGAUUUCAGCAAGUUUUGUUACUUGUUGCAUGUCUAUUAACACAGCUGACUUUCUGUGUCAGUGCAUUGUACAUGUUCUCGGCAUUAUAUUGUUUAUUUUUUGGUUGGUUUUAUUCUUUUUUUGUGUGGUUUUUUUUUAUUUUUUAUUUUUUGGAGGCAUUGUCUGAUGAGUUGUCCCAACAGACAGGUUUGUGUACAGAGCCAGAGAUCGUGUCCCCAACUCUGGGUGGACUUUUGUACUCUUUAUGGAAACUAUUAAGGACUAAUGAGAGACAAAGAAGGAAAAAAAAAGAGAAAUCCUGGAUUAUUUUGGUGGUCUUGUAUUAGACUGCAUUACUACAGUAUCUGGUGUGCAAUCUGUGAUAGCUGAAUGUUCCUUGUAUAUUUGUGUUCACUACAUCCUACAGGAGAAAAACAGUAGAGUAAUCCCCCCCUUACAGAAACAAAAAGUUACAAUACUGCAAUAGAUCUGGUACUUAUUCUUUUUAAUUUCAUUUCAAUAAAUAAUUGCUGUUUACCACC